GCUCAGCAUUCAUAGCGGACUCUUAAUACACUCAAUCUCGCGUUUCAAUAAGUUUCCACAGAUGAUCAAUUGCGCGCAUCCACUGACUCCGAAUUCUGUACGCAUCCAAAACACCGAUAAAUAUAUCAAAACGAGGUUUGGAUAAAAAUCUAAAAACAGCGUGAUUAAAAAUGGAUGGAACGGGAAAAAUAAAGAGAUUAGACAAAAUUGUAGUGAAUAGAAUCGCAGCUGGUGAAGUAAUACAAAGACCAGCAAAUGCAUUAAAAGAAUUAAUGGAAAACAGUCUUGAUGCAAAAGCAACUAAUAUACAAAUUAUUGCUAAAGAAGGCGGAUUAAAAUUAUUACAGAUUCAAGACAAUGGAACAGGUAUUAGAAAAGAAGACAUGGAAAUUGUUUGUGAAAGAUUUACAACAAGUAAAUUACAAGCAUUUGAAGAUCUUCAGGCAAUAUCGACUUUUGGAUUUCGUGGUGAAGCUUUGGCGAGCAUUAGUCAUAUAUCACUUUUAACAAUCACAACAAAAACUGCAGAUGAGAAAUGUGCUUAUAAAGCAUCAUAUGUUGAUAGUAAGCUAAAAGCACCACCUAAAUUAUGCGCUGGAAAUCAAGGUACCACAAUAUUAAUUGAGAAUUUGUUUUAUAAUGUUGCAACAAGAAGAAAGGCUUUUUCUAAUCCAAACGAAGAAUUCAACAAAAUUUCAGAUGUAGUUACAAAAUAUGCAAUACAUAAUCCUACUGUAGGGUUCACAUUAAAGAAACAUGGUGAAGUUACACCUCAGAUUCGAACACCACAUAAUUCAAGUAAGAUGAACAACAUAAGAAUACUUUAUGGCAAUCCUGUUUUUCGUGAAUUAUUAGAAGUGGAACUUACAGAUGAUAUUUAUAGAUUUAAAAUGCAUGCUUUGGUAACAAAUCCAAAUUACACAAGCAAAAGGAUGAUAUUUCUUUUAUUCAUUAAUAACAGAUUAGUAGAAUCAUCCUCUAUUCGAAAAAUGCUAGAAGAAAUCUAUACAUUUUAUAUUCCAAAAAAGACCCACCCAUGGUGUUAUAUAUCUUUAGAAAUUGAUCCGCAAAAUGUUGAUGUUAAUGUACAUCCAACAAAACAUGAAGUUAAAUUUCUCCAUGAAAAUUCUAUUAUUGAAAGAAUGAAGCUCGCUUUAGAUGAGAAACUAUCUGGGAAUAGUGCUUCUAAAACAUUUUAUGUACAAGCACGGUUGCCAAAAACAGAUAUCACAAAAGAAGUUUUGAAAGAAAUUUUGCCAGAAUAUGAGAAAGAUAAAGAUGAUAGAACGAAAAAAAUUCGUCCUCAAGAAAUGAUCAGAACUGAUGCAUCUGAUCAAAAAUUGGACAAAUUUAAUUUUACCAUUCAUACCGCAAUGGGAUAUGCUAGAAACAAUGAUGAUAUUGAUCUCAAAGAGAGUAAAGUUGAAGAUUCUAAUAGUAAUGACGAGAAAGAUGUAAAUAAAAUACAGCACUUGAUAUCAGAUGUAAAUGAUACUAAAGAAAAGGAUAUCUCCACGCAUGUUAUACCAAAAGCAACAGAAAAAUCGGAUACUCCGUGGAGUAAUAUCAUAGAUGAUACAAGUCCACUUGAGUCAGAUUCUGCGGUAUUUGAUGAAUCUAAUUUAGAUUUAUCUACCGCAAAUAUUAACAAAGAACAGUAUGAAUCAAAUGGCGCGCAAGAUAUUUUAGAAAUGACAAAUGAAGAAAUUGAUCAAAAUAUAACAGAUAACUCUAUGAAAGAAAAAUGUAUCGACGUUAUUGCAGAUAAAGCACGUAAACAAGUGUAUAAAUACUUUGGAAAUAAAAGUAUUAAAUUAGAAGAACAAAAGACAGAUAAAAAUAGUAUAGAUAAAGAAAUAAGAAACGACGAACCUGAAAAGUGCAAUAAACCCAACGAGACGAAAAUUAUUACUGAACAAAUACUAAAAGAAACCAAUGACAAUAAGAAUGGUGACAGAGAAAGUUCAUACGAAUUUAAAUCCUAUUCAAUAAAUAAUUUUAGAAGAGAAGUAAAAUUAACGAGUGUAUUGAAAUUACGUAAAGAAGUAGAAGACGCAUGUCACGAUGGUUUGAAACAUAUUUUAUCAGAAUUAACUUUUGUUGGUUGUAUCGAUCAGUCUUCCGCUUUAGUUCAAAGUGGAGUCAAUUUGUAUCUUUGCAAUACGCAAAAAUUAGCGGAGGAACUAUUUUAUGAAAUUAUGCUCUAUGAUUUUGCAAAUUACGGAGUCAUCAAAUUUUCGGAGGCACUUCCUUUAUAUGAUAUAGCUAUGUUAGGAUUAGAGACUAAAGAAGCUGGAUGGACAGAGGAAGAUGGGCCAAAAGAGGAAUUAGCUACAAGUGUUAAAGAAUUGUUAUUGGAGAAAGCUGAUAUGUUAAAAGAGUAUUAUUCUAUUGUUAUAGAUAAAAAGGGAAAUUUAAAAUCUUUACCAGUAUUAUUAGAAAAAUAUUUUCCAUCUGUGAGUGGUCUUCCUCUCUAUAUAUUACGUUUAGCUACUGAAGUAGAGUGGUCGUCGGAACAACCAUGCUUUCAAACCAUUUGUAGGGAAACAGCAAAAUAUUAUAGUCAAAUGAGUCUUGUACAUGAUACUCAUGAAUGGAAGUACAUUACAGAACAUGUUCUAUAUGGUGCAAUUAAGGAGAGUUUUCUUCCUCCUAAACAUUUUGCACAUGAUUCAACAAUAUUACAAAUAGCCAAUUUGCCUGACUUGUACAAAGUUUUUGAAAGAUGUUAGAUGUUUAGGAUAAAACUGAAGUAUUAUAAACAGUAACGGUUUUUUAUUUCAUUACAAGUCCAAUAUUGUAAUAUUU